AUUGUCGCCAUGAUUCAGUCCCCCUCAACGAAGAUACAGACGACGCAGGAUUUGUUGGACUCACGUAUAAAAGUCGGUUCCGACGAUGCGGUCUACAAUCGCUACUAUUUUCGUCAUGCUACUGAACCGGUUUUCAAGGGGAUGUACGAGCGUAAGCUGAAGAACAAAGACGGAUCCGAGAACUUCCUGUCACCGGUCCACGGUAUAUCGAUGGUGCGCGAAGGAUUGUAUGCGUUCCACGGUGAGCAAAGUACCAGCUACCUCCUUAUCAGCGACUUGUUCCAGGAAGGUGAAAAGUGUGACAUACAAGAGGUGCCAUCUUACAAAUUGAUCGAACCAUACAGUGCGGUACAGAAGAACACGACCUUCCGCGAAUCGGUGCGCAUCGCUUUGUUCAAGCUGCGCGAAUUUGGCAUUCAGGGACGGGAGUACUCACUACUCUACACGAAGAAGCCACGCUGUGCCGGUGGCACCAGUUUCGUACCGGUGUCGAUCGUGGAUAUCUGGCCUGCGCUUGCAUCACUCGGUUGGGGCUACCUCCUUGCCAUCGUGUCAUUGGGAGCCGAAAAGCUGUGGUCUCGAGCGGGCUUCGGGGUCCGUUUGCCUAUUACGUCUUAUUGGUUCAGUAUAAAAAAUGGGUAA